GUAAUGUCCGUAAGGUCACCACUUCCCUUCAUCCAACUAGUAUCCGGCUGUAGGAGUUGAAUCCGUAUAACUUUGCUGGAGUACUUUGAUAAACUAAGAACGAUUCUCUCUAUGAAAUUUUCAAAUUCAUUUUCUUUUCUACUGUCUUAGAACCCUAAGACCACUGUUAACUUUUGGUUCUGUUUUUUUUCCCCAUCCUAGUGAGAUUUUCCUUGCUUCUUACUGAGACCAAGGAAAAUCCAACAGCGCUUGUUUUUUUCCUAUUAUUUUGCUCUUCUAUGAAGUCAAUUUUUAGUUUUAUUUUCUUUUAAUUUGUGUCAUAUCAAUAGCAAAGCAUUUGGGUCAAUUAUCAUUUUUUCAAGAGGUUAUUCUUAUGGUGGGAUACCUCAACUAAAUUUUUAAUUUUGGCUCUACUGUAAAAUCACUUUCUCUAGUGUUUACUUUUGUCUUUAUGAAAGGAAGUCCAUUGAAACUUCUAUCCUUUGACAAUUUACUGACAAAUUAAUCUGACCGGCUUGCGUCCCUUACUUCUUGUUCUCCCCUUUACGAUUAUUUAUUUUCUUGUAUUUAAAAUACAUGCACUCUCCUUAAUAUACUUAUAGAUUUCCAAAAUGUCUAAUGAAAAACACUUAUAUGUUCCUCCACCUAGGGAACCGCCAAGUUACGAAGAGGUCGCUGCCAAUUCUCAGUUUAUACAGGUUGAACGUGAUCCACAAGCAGAGGAGCGGCGGCCGAUGGAGCCCAUGGAGAUUUCAGAACCUCCUGGAGUUACCCGAUUUCCUCGUUUGCAAUCCAAGUUUGAAGCCAUCCAUGAGGGUUGGGAAUCUGCUUGUCAUUCUUUUCAUCACAGGUUUGCAUCUAAAUUUUAUCGAAUCCCAUUUUACUCCAUUUAUUUGCUUAUGAUCGCUAUUAUCAUAAUUACAGCAAGUUAUUAUGGAUAUUUCGACAGUAGCCCUUCAUGGAAGUCAGUUCCUCACCUUGAUGAAUCUUUCUUAGUUGAUUAUAUAAAAAACAGCCGAGUUUCGAACAUUCAAUCUCAGACAACCACAUUCGCUUCUCUUCCUCAUGUUUCGGGUACAAUGGGGGAUUCCGCGGUCUUACAAUAUAUGCUCGAUGUUUUAAGAUACGAAUCACUAGAUGCGGUUGAUACCAAAAAGUUUUAUGCUUACCUCAACUAUCCCAAAUCAGUAUCUCUAAAAAUAAGUGACGAUGAUUCAUUCCAGCCAACGUUGUACGAAACUUCUAAAAUUCCUAAUUAUAAAGACGCUUGGAUCAAUUCACUUUCUUAUUAUGCUUAUAGUGCAUCCGGAAAGUUGGAAGCGCCUCUCGUAUAUGCUAAUCAGGGUGCAGCAGAUGAUUUUCAAACAUUAGACGAAAAAAAUGUUCAGUUGAAUUCGUCAGUUGUUUUGUUACGCAGUAAUCGUAACAAUGUUUCUAAAGCUAUAGAAAAUGCUGAAAGAUAUGGUGCUUCGGCAGUACUGGUGUUUGACGAUUCAUAUACUGACGUAGAAGAAAACCAUAGGGAUGAAAUUUACCCAGCAGGUCCUUACCCUUCUGAUGAUUUAUUAUACAGAGGGAGUGUUGCUAAAUCCUACUAUUAUCUUGGCGAUCCUCUUACCCCAGGAGUACCAUCUCAUUGGGAUUCUAGCAGGAUACGGCCUGAAAAUGCGCAAGUUCUUCCUAAGGUUGUUGCAAUUCCAGUAACUUACCGUGAUGCUAUGGACCUAUUGAAAAGAUUAAAGGGUCGUGGCGAACAGAUUUCUGCGGAUAGAUGGAAAUUGAGGCUUCCGUCAUCUCUUGAACUUUGGACAGGUUCUUCUUCAGAAUCUCCGCUAAUGCUUCAAAUUGAAUCAGAAUUUGAUACUAAAAAAAAUCAACCAGUGGUAAAUAUCCUAGGACAAAUCACUGGUAGAGAGCCUGAUCAAGUACUUAUAAUUGGAGCGCCUCGUGACUCAUGGUGCGGUGGUGCAUCUGAAUCCGCUGUUAGUACAGCUUUGCUUAUGGAUAUUGUUUUUACGUUUUCAGAUAUGGCAAAAAACCUUUCAUGGCGACCCCGUCGGACUAUCGUAUUUGCCAGUUGGGACGCCAAGCAGUACAAUACCAUAGGUAGUACAGAGUGGGUCGAACACUGGAAAGAAUGGCUUCAGGUAAAGGCUGUGGCGUAUUUGAACGUUGAUGUGGAAGUAUUUGGAGAUGUAUUAACAGUGAAUACCGUAUCAGGACUGAAAAAUGUUGUUCAAAAAGCGAUUCAGUUGAUGAACGAGGAUAACAGCUUGGGUUUUCCAAAAAUCAAUUUAAAUAAAUUUGAUUAUAUAUCAGAUGCUACCCCAUUUCUUGCAUACGCCGGUGUCCCUGUGGUAGAAUUGGGAUUCGAAAGAGGUGCUGACAGUUCUCAACCUUUACCGUUUCUCGGCACCUGUAAGGACACAGAAAGUUGGAUUAGUAUGUUUGGAUCAUCCUAUUGGGAUAAGGCAGAUCGUCUCGCAAAAAUAUGGUCCCUAUUGGCAUUGUUUCUUUCUAAUGAUCCAGUGGUACCGUAUGAUUUAGAGACUUCUGUUGAGUAUCUUGGAACCAUGCUGGAACAGCUAGAAGGCUUGCUUGAUGGAAAAUCAUUGUCAUAUGAUCUUGUUAAAAAAGAGUAUGAGGAACUUGUUCAGACAUCUAAAAAUUUUAUGGCCGCGAUUUCAGAGUGGCAUUCCCUUAUGCUUCACAAUAGCUAUUUCCUUACUACGAAAAAGCACCCGGAACUAGAAGGUUUUAAUGCCAAGCUCGCAAGAUUUGAGAACUCAUUUUUGGAUGAAAGUGGCCUUCCUAACCACGAAUGGUUCAAGCAUUUAAUAUAUGGACCUAAUCGAUUAGGAAAAGAAGGGGUCGUCUUCCCUUCCAUUAUGGAUGCCCUUUUGGAUAACGAUCUGGAUCAAGUACAGGGGGAAAUCAAUCGUUUUUCGAAAGCAAUUGAUCGAGCUCACAAAGCAUUAAAGACUGCAUAGCGUAUUGAUGGAUCUACAAACCCAAUUGCGCUUCGCCGUUCUUGACAUAUUCUUACAAUAGAUCGAGAUUUCAAAGCGGCAAUAGCUAAUUAUUUUUAUUCUUAUUAUUAUUUUGUUCAUUUCAUCUAUUUACUGUUCGUUUCUACAUUACAAUGAAGUUUGGUUACAAAAGUA